AUGGCUAAGCUGGGUGUCACCUGCAUCAUACGGCGGAGAUAUCAAAGGGUAGGCAAGCCCUGCUGGAGAAACUUACAGCGGCUAUAUUCAAAGAUAUCGAACGAAUCUCGAGAGGCACUGAAGCGGAAAAGUCAAGUCAAAUCUGAUGAUGUUCUGAAGUCUGUUGUAGGAGAGAACAAGAGAGAAACCCCCCAAAUCAUUGAGGCGUUCAUUAUUCACAAAUCACAGGUGGCCUCGUUUUGA